AUGGCGCGGCUUCGGGUGCUGCUGCUGUCGCUGGCCUGGUGGCUGUCGCAGGCGGGCGUGGCGCACGGUGCAGGCUCGGUGCGCCUGGCAGGCGGCCUGACGCUGGGCGGCCUGUUCCCGGUGCACGCGCGGGGAGCGGCGGGGCGUGCGUGCGGGGCGCUGAAGAAGGAGCAGGGCGUGCACCGGCUGGAGGCGAUGCUCUACGCGCUGGACCGCGUCAAUGCCGACCCGGAGCUGCUGCCCGGGGUGCGGUUGGGCGCGCGGCUGCUCGACACCUGUUCGCGGGACACCUACGCGCUGGAGCAGGCGCUGAGCUUCGUGCAGGCGCUCAUCCGAGGGCGCGGCGACGGCGACGAGGCCAGCGUUCGCUGCCCCGGGGGCGUCCCCCCGCUGCGCACCGCGCCCCCAGAGCGCGUGGUGGCCGUGGUGGGCGCCUCGGCUAGCUCCGUGUCCAUCAUGGUCGCCAACGUCUUGCGUCUGUUUGCGAUACCCCAGAUCAGCUAUGCCUCCACAGCCCCAGAGCUCAGUGACUCCACACGCUAUGACUUCUUCUCCCGAGUGGUGCCCCCUGACUCCUACCAGGCUCAGGCCAUGGUAGACAUUGUGCGGGCAUUGGGAUGGAACUACGUGUCUACACUGGCCUCGGAAGGCAACUAUGGCGAGAGUGGGGUUGAGGCCUUUGUGCAGAUCUCUCGGGAGGCUGGAGGUGUCUGUAUUGCUCAGUCAAUAAAGAUUCCCAGGGAGCCAAAGCCGGGAGAAUUCCACAAAGUGAUCCGGAGGCUCAUGGAAACGCCUAACGCUCGGGGCAUCAUCAUCUUUGCCAAUGAGGAUGACAUCAGGAGGGUCUUGGAGGCAACACGCCAGGCCAACCUGACUGGCCACUUCCUUUGGGUUGGCUCAGACAGCUGGGGAUCCAAGAUCUCCCCCAUCUUGAACUUAGAGGAGGUGGCUGUGGGGGCCAUCACCAUCUUGCCCAAAAGGGCUUCCAUCGAUGGAUUUGACCAGUACUUCAUGACUCGUUCCCUGGAGAACAACCGCAGAAACAUCUGGUUUGCAGAGUUCUGGGAAGAGAAUUUUAACUGCAAACUAACCAGCUCAGGUGGCCAGUCAGACGAUUCCACCCGAAAAUGCACAGGUGAGGAACGCAUCGGCCAAGACUCCACCUAUGAGCAGGAAGGGAAGGUGCAGUUCGUGAUCGAUGCGGUGUAUGCCAUCGCCCACGCACUUCACAGCAUGCACCAGGCACUCUGCCCAGGCCACACGGGUCUAUGCCCAGCCAUGGAGCCUACUGAUGGCCGUACGCUGCUGAACUACAUUCGAGCGGUCCGCUUCAAUGGCAGCGCAGGAACCCCGGUGAUGUUCAAUGAGAAUGGAGAUGCCCCCGGGCGCUAUGACAUCUUCCAGUACCAGGCAACCAACGGCAGCGCCAGCAGUGGCGGGUACCAGGCUGUGGGCCAGUGGGCAGAGGCCCUUAGACUGGAUAUGGAAGCCCUGCAGUGGUCAGGCGACCCCCACGAGAUGCCUCCUUCUCAAUGCAGUCUCCCCUGUGGGCCUGGCGAACGGAAAAAGAUGGUGAAGGGCGUCCCCUGUUGUUGGCACUGUGAAGCCUGCGAUGGGUACCGCUUCCAGGUGGAUGAGUUCACGUGCGAGGCCUGUCCAGGGGACAUGAGGCCCACACCCAACCACACCGGCUGCCGCCCCACACCUGUGGUACGCCUGACCUGGUCUUCUCCAUGGGCUGCUCUGCCCCUUCUCCUGGCCGUCCUGGGCAUCAUGGCCACCACCACCAUUGUGGGCACUUUCGUGCGCCACAACGACACUCCCAUCGUCCGAGCCUCUGGCCGUGAGCUUAGCUAUGUGCUGCUCACUGGCAUCUUCCUGAUCUAUGCCAUCACCUUCCUCAUGGUCGCUGAGCCUUGUGCAGCUGUCUGCGCUGCCCGAAGACUCUUGCUUGGCUUGGGCACUACCCUCAGCUACUCAGCCCUGCUCACCAAGACCAACCGCAUCUACCGCAUCUUUGAGCAAGGGAAGCGCUCUGUUACACCACCACCCUUCAUCAGCCCCACGUCGCAGCUAGUCAUCACCUUCUGCCUCACCUCCCUGCAGGUGGUGGGAGUGAUAGCGUGGUUGGGAGCCCAGCCCCCACACAGCGUGAUUGACUAUGAGGAGCAGAGGACGGUGGACCCGGAGCAGGCCAGGGGUGUGCUCAAGUGUGAUAUGUCUGAUCUGUCCCUCAUUGGUUGCCUGGGCUACAGUCUCCUGCUCAUGGUCACGUGCACGGUGUAUGCCAUCAAGGCCCGAGGUGUGCCUGAGACCUUCAAUGAGGCCAAGCCCAUCGGCUUCACCAUGUACACCACCUGUAUUAUCUGGCUGGCUUUUGUUCCCAUCUUCUUUGGCACCGCCCAGUCGGCCGAGAAGAUCUACAUCCAAACGACCACACUGACUGUGUCCCUGAGCCUGAGUGCGUCGGUGUCCCUUGGCAUGCUCUACGUGCCCAAAACCUACGUCAUCCUCUUCCAUCCGGAGCAGAAUGUGCAGAAGCGGAAGCGCAGCCUCAAGACAACCUCCACGGUGGCAGCCCCGCCCAAGAGCGAGAACACAGAAGAUGCUAAGUAG